AUGUAUCAAGAUUUUUUAGAAUUAUACAACAAAACUAGCAAAUAUACGUCUCCAACAAAUGCUAAACAUAAUAGUAAAAUUAAAGAAUUUCAUGAUCACGAUCAUUUAAUUGUAUGUAAAGAAUCAUUGGAUUAUGAUGGAUGUGAUGAUAUACAGAAGAUAAUAGAAGAAGGACAUUAUGCACUAGUAACUAAAGCUAAAAAGCCACUUCGAUAUUCUUAUUUCGAUAAAGAGUGGAUGAUUUUUCAUUUAGUAGAUUAUUUUUCCUAUCAAUAUGUGAUAUCUAACCAAAUAGAUAAAGACAAAACGAAUGAAUUUAUUAAAUAUAAUACAAAAAGGGUGAAAUUGGAAAAAUUUUCAAACUCUAAUAAUUGGCUUUUGGAUAGUUUUUGUAAAUAUGAGUCUUUCGCAAAAGAUACCAAGUAA